AGCUAAAACUUCACACAAUACUGAAGCUCGCUCAAUAUGGGGCCCCCUCUAGAAGGAGAACCCAAGCGCAAAUGCACAUGGGUCCACUGCCCCAUCAUCGUUGGAGCCGGGCCUUCUGGGCUCGCCGUCGCAGCCUGCUUGUCGGACCUCGGCAUCCCUUCAUUGGUCUUAGAGAAAUCACACUGCAUUGCUUCUCUCUGGCAGAACAGAACCUACAACCGCCUGCGCCUUCACCUCCCCAGGCACUUCUGUGAGUUGCCUCUCAUGGCGUUCCCUAGAGGCUUCCCCAAGUAUCCCUCUAAACACCAGUUCAUCCGCUACUUGGAGUCCUACGCUUCUCAUUUCGGCAUUCAACCCCAUUUUGGCGCUCACGUCCAAAGUGCUGAGUUUGACGUAGAGCUUGGGUGCUGGCGAGUGAGAGUUGGUGAAGAAGAAGAGCUAGUGAGCAGGUGGUUAGUGGUGGCCACUGGAGAGAAUGCUGAACCAGUUGUGCCAGAGAUACCAGGGUUAGAGAGGUUCGCUGGCCGUGUCAUCCAUACAAGUUGUUACAAGUCUGGCGUUGAGUUCAAGGGACAGAGGGUCUUAGUGGUGGGUUGUGGGAAUUCCGGCAUGGAGGUCAGCUUGGACCUCUGUAGGCACAAUGCCAGGCCAUUCAUGGUGGUUAGGAACUCUGUGCAUGUGUUGCCGAGAGAGAUGCUUGGUUUCUCCACGUUUGGAGUGGCUAUGGCUCUACUAAAAUGGCUACCACUCAGGUUAGUGGACAAGUUCCUCCUGGCAAUGGCUCAGCUUAUUUUGGGCGACACUGACAUACUUGGUCUCCGGCGGCCUAAGACUGGGCCUAUUGAGCUUAAGAAUCACACCGGAAAGACCCCUGUGCUUGACGUCGGCGCCCUCUCUCACAUCAAAUCCGGCCAUAUCAAGGUGAUGGGAGCGGUGAAGGAGAUAAGAAAGGAAGGAGUGAAGUUCGUGGAUGGCAGGGAGGAGGAGAUGGAUUCCAUUGUUCUGGCCACUGGUUACAAGAGCAACGUUCCCUCAUGGCUCAGGGGUGAUGAUAUUUUUACAGGAGAAGGAAUGCCCAAGUCUCCAUUCCCCAAUGGCUGGAAGGGCUCUAAUGGUUUGUACUGUGUGGGCUUCACAAAACGAGGCCUUCUGGGCACUGCUUCAGAUGCCUGUAACAUAGCCAAGGACAUACAUCUUCACUGGAAUGAGAAAAAGAACCUUGCAACAAAAAGCUCAACUCCUACUACUGAAGCCUAACUUUUUUUUUUUUCCCAAACAGAAGAAAUUGAAUCAGUUGAUGAUGAAAAAUAUCCUUUUUAAGUUCAGGUGCACUAUUGUAUGUACAUGU